UGGGAAACAAGAUAUGAUCAACAAGGCAGGCCGUAUUAUGUUGAUCAUAAUACCAGGACAACAACAUGGGAGAAACCUCAACCAUUACCUCAGGGUUGGGAGAGAAGAGUUGAUCAGAGAGGACGUGUGUAUUAUGUAGAUCAUAAUACUCGCACAACAACUUGGCAACGCCCCAACGUAGAAUCCUUGAUCAACUGGCAGCAGUGGCAGGAAUGGAGAAAUAACAGAACGUUAGAAAAUCUACAGAGAAGAUUUUUAUUU